AUGGUACACCUUGUGGCUGUACCAGAGUCAAUCACGGCAAGUGGCUGUGCUUGUGUCUUUAUUGACACCAUCUUCCGACUUCAUGGGUUGCCCCGUGAACUCGUAUCAGACAGAGAUCCACGAUUCACUGCUGAUUUCUGGCGUUCCGUGUUCAAAUCACUCGGAACGCGCUUGAAGAUGUCGACAUCUGAUCAUCCAGAGUCAGAUGGUCAGACGGAACGUGCCAAUCGUGUCCUCGAAGAGAUACUUCGAGGAUACGUACACUCCCUUAAGAGUUGGAGUGAGUUUUUGCCAAUGGUAGAGUUUGCCAUCAACAACUCGGUGCAUGCGUCCACGACACUUACACCGUUUUACGUGAAUGGCUUGCGCCAUCCGCGUGUACCCACCUUACUAGAGUGUAUCUCUCGUUUAAGGGGGGGAGGGACUCGCGCGAGCAAAAACCGAAUUGGUUCACGCUCAUCACGCUCUGACGAUGAGGUCAUUGCGUUUGAUGCCGAUAUCGAUAACAUCGAUGUCGAAGAAGAUGAUGCCAGUGAGAGCGGGGAAGCCCUCACUGAAGAAAAGAUUGAUGUCUCUGCAGUGCACUCACAGCGCACUGAAGCUAACGAGUCAUCAGAUGAGUUCAUACUGGCUCGUGAAACGGUAGUCCGUUUUGUGCAAGACUCCAUCGCCGAAGCGGUGGAUAAGCAGAAGCAAACGCUGACAAGAAUGGAAGGGCAAACACUCUUUUAUUUAGUAAAGGUGACUUAG